AUGGCUUCGGUGGCGAAAAGUGCUUUCUGGUGGCUGGCCGGGGUUUACCUGCUUGCCUGCUGCAGAGGGGAGGAAGGCCUGGAGUUCCCGACCUACGACGGGAAAGACAGGGUGCUGGACCUGAGCGAAAAGAACUACAAGCAGGCCUUGAAGAAGUACGACAUGCUGGGCAUCUUUCUCCAUGAGCCGGUGGCUUCCGACAAGAUCUCACAGAGGCGCUUCCAGAUGACCGAGAUGGUGCUGGAGCUCACAGCCCAGGUCCUGGAAGAAAAAGGCAUCGGCUUUGGACUGUUGGAUUCCAAAAAAGAUGCAAAGCUUGCCAAAAAGCUAGGUUUGGAUGAAGAAGGAAGCCUCUACGUCUUUAAGGAGGACCGCAUCAUUGAGUUUGAUGGGCAGAUGGCCGCCGAUGUCUUGGUGGAAUUCCUCCUGGACUUAAUGGAGGAACCAGUGGAGAUAAUCAACAACAAACUGGAGCUGCAGGGCUUCGACCGCAUAGAAGAGGAGAUGAAACUCAUCGGCUACUUCAAAGGAGAAGACUCAGAACAUUACAAAGCCUUUGAGGAGGCGGCAGAACAUUUCCAGCCCUACGUCAAAUUCUUCGCCACCUUUGACAAAGGGGUGGCCAAGAAGCUGGGCCUGAAGGUAAACGAGGUGGAUUUCUAUGAGCCAUUUAUGGACGACCCCGUUCGCGUCCCUGAGAAGCCGUAUACUGAGGAGGAGCUCGUUGAGUUUGUGAAUGAGCAUAAAAGAUCCACACUACGCAAGUUGCGCCCAGAAGACAUGUAUGAGACCUGGGAGGAUGACAUAGACGGAAUUCACAUCGUGGCAUUUGCUGAAGAAGACGACCCAGAUGGCUAUGAAUUCCUGGAGACCGUGAAGCAAGUUGCCAAAGACAACACCAACAAUCCUGACCUGAGCAUUGUAUGGAUUGACCCCGAUGAUUUCCCACUGCUGGUCACAUACUGGGAAAAGACCUUCAAGCUCGAUCUCUUCAAGCCGCAGAUCGGGGUGGUCAACGUCACAGAUGCUGACAGUGUGUGGAUGGACAUCAGAGACGACGACGACCUUCCCACGCCCGAGGAGCUGGAGGACUGGAUCGAAGACGUUCUCGCUGGGAAGAUCAAUACCGAAGACGAUGACGUUGAUGAAGACGAUGAUGAAGACGACGAUGACGAUGAUGACUAGGACGGGUUCUCCGGAAUUUGUCUU